GGCACGUUGCUAUGGUUUUGGGAAGGUGGCCAACGUCCACAUGGCAGUGAAAGCAGUUCGUCUAAGUCACGUUUCACUCUGAACGCCUUGAAACAGCGCACAAUGGGAAAGACCAAGAAUACCAGAUUCAAACGGCCGCAGUUCACGCCGGAUGGGCUCUCCGUAGGCGCCGUUAAGGACGCUGUGGAGGCGGAGGCGGAGGCGGAGGAAUCUCCGGCUGUGGAUUUUUUGGAAAAGUUGCAGAGUCCAUGUUCAGACAUACGUGAGUAUGCAUGUGCGAGUAUCUCGCGUGUUGUGCAGCAGAGCCAGACCAUCCCAGGUUUCCUGCAGAGGGAUGCAGUGAGGAGGUUGGGACCACUACUGCUGGACAGCAGCCUUGCAGUCAGAGAGACUGCUACAGGGGCACUCAGAAAUCUGAGUGCGUGUGGAGGUCCGGAUGUGUGUGAAGACAUGGUGCGACAGGAUGUCCUCACUCCUCUGACUGCCCUACUGAAGGAGUGCUCUUUAGGGUUCCAGGUGAAUUCCAGCCCAGUGAAAAAGGAAGAGAAGCACACAGUGGAAGAUGUGGCAAAUGAGGCUGUGAACUUACUCUGGAACCUCUGUGAGAGCAGCAGUACAGCAGUGUCAGUGUUUAACAGAGCCAGGCUUCUGGAUGCUCUGCUGCCAUGCCUCGAGAGACAUCCACACAACAUCCAGCUCGCUUUAUCAGCAGCCCACUGCCUGCACACAGUGACAGAGGAGAACUCAGAGCUGACUGGAAGUGUAAAUGAAGCAGUUUUGGCUGCUCUGGAAAACGUGCUGCUCUCCACACAGUCCAGCAUGGAACACGUUCUCCUGCGCACAUUGGCUGCAGGAUCAGUGUGGAACCUGAAGGGCUGUUUCUCCUCCACACGUCAGGCUGAAGCCUUGACCGCAGUGGUGGCCACUCUAGCCCACUGCCUCAGUCUAGAUGCUGGAGCAGUGGUCCCUGGGCUGUGGCAGGCCCAGGCAGCCCGGCUCUCUAACAACAGCACAGCAGAGCCAGCUUCAGCACAUACAGAGGAGCAGCCAGCAGGGGGUGCUGGGGAGGAAGAGGAAGAGAUGGAGGAAGGAGAUGGAGAAGUGAAGAUGAACGGAGGAAAGAGGAAUGGAAAAAAGGCAAAGAUGGAUAAAGAUAUCUCAGACUUUUUGCCUAGGGACAGACUGGAGUUGAGGGAGGCCAUAGCACUGCUGACAGCACAGCAAACAUCACUGGAGAUCAUUGUCAACAUGUGCUGUUCAGAUGACCCCUCUGAUGAUGAAUGGGAGGAGAUGUCGAGCAGUGAUGAGAGUGAGAUGUUUGCUGAAGACGGGAACAACAGUGUGCUCUCACCUCUCUGCCUUUCUGCUGAGCUACACACAACACUGCUCAACCACAGCGUGCCCCAGCAGGUCCUGAAGAAGGCAGAGUUUCCCAGCCGUGUUGCGCUUGAGAUCUGCAACAAAGACCCAGCGUGGAGAUGCCUCAUCAAAAAAAUGCAGCGGGUGCAGUGCCGGGCAUUAACGUGUCUUCAUAACAUCCUGUCUGUGAUGGAUCCGGAGUGUCUGGGUGGGGCUGAUGGGCUUCAGGUCGUCGCCCAGCAUCUAUCCUCUCUGGUCUUUGGCUCAGAAGAGGUCAUGAAGGAUGACGAGUUCUUGGAGGCAGUGACCAGUGCCAUGCGCUCUCUGCUACAAAUAAUGGCUUCCAAAAACAUCCCUCAGUGUAUGAGCCCUCAGCAGCUGAUGAGUGUGUGUGAGGCAGCAACACAGUGUGAUCUAAUCAGUGUAAGAGUGAACGCUCUGGCCAUUCUGGGCAUCACAGGAAGCACACUGGCCAAAGAGAAAGGCUCUGUUGACACACUGCAGCUGAUAGGGAAUGCAUUAUUGAAUGUAGCAUCUAAGGACUCCAACCUGGUGGUUUGUGGAGAGGCACUGGACGCUCUCUUUGAUGUUUUCGCUGAUGGAGAGGAGGCAGAAAGAGCCGCACAGAACAUCAGCCUGUUCUCAGCUCUCAAAGCACUACAGCCUGUGUUCAAAGCCAAGAUCCGGAAAGAAGGACGAGGGAAGUACAGCCCGGAUCAACUUUGUGUUCUGGACAACAUCAAAAUUAACCUGCGGAGGUUCAUUGGCUACCUGGAGACACUGCAAAAGAAAUGAGCGCGUGACUGACGCCGUUCCUCUGCAUGGGACUCUAAGCCUGUGCGCUCCUGCACUUGUAGUUAUAGUUUCUUGGCCUCAGACUAGGGCUGGGAGACCUCCAGUUUAAAUGUUUAUAAUUUAAGCACCAAUCAGGAAUCGCUGAAACUGGCAGGCCAGUUUUGUUACUUUUAACACAGGCAUUUAACCAGCACCACUAAAUAUACUUUGUAGCCAUAUCUAAAACAACUAAAUGAAUGAAAAUUCAUUUCAGAACCACAUGUGUGUGUACGCAUAUAUUAGGUAUAUGUCUGUCUGGGGGGUGCAAUUCAAUACAGUACAAAUGAUAAAAUUAUUAUUUUUUAAAAUAUUCUUACAGAGGCAAUGCAUUUGUAUGUAUCAUACAAAUUUAUCAUACAUUUUUGAUAUUGCUUUCAGUCAAUAUUUUUAUUGUUAGACACGUUGUUGCUCAAAAUCUGGCCAGAUUAAUCAUCACUAGAGGGCAGUAGGGAGUUAGGUGAAAAAAAAAGUAGAGGUCGAGUUAAUCAAUUCAGAUCAAUAGACACAUCAUCUUAACUAAACACUAUUUGGAAAGGCUGCCUGCCCUUUAUCUCAUGUAAAAAAAUGUAUGAUGAAUGGAAACCAAAUGGUCCAAAUUUUACUUUCAAACAUUGAAAAUGAAAAUGUUUUUCUUUCCCAUAAAAAGUUACAAUAUUGGAGAUUUUGUUAUGAUAACAAAGAUUUAACACUUACAAAAAAUGGCCAAAAAGUGUCACUUUUUUUCUCCCAAGUUUUUGUGUCUGACAUGAUUUGAAAAUGUUAAUUUUUUUGGAAAAAAAGUUUUGCUUUAGUUCUGUUUAGUAGCCCUGGUGCAGCUGUGACACUGUUUUGGCAGUUCCUGAUUGUGGCUUGAAAGACAAAUGGCAGUAUUGAAAGUAUAAAAGUGAAUCUUCCACUAUACUAAUGGUGAAUUUCAGGAUGAGUCCUUGUCUCGACAAGGGAUGUCUGUGUACUCCAAGGUCGGGGAAUGUGCUGCUGUGGGGCUCAGUGACUUGAGCAGUUAGCUACGAAAUGCCUGAAAGGAAUGUCUCAGGCUGAACAUUUAUUUAUAAGACAUGGUUAAGAAAGAAAAAUAAGCCCAUCCUCACCCAGUCCUUUUUGCCGCUAUGUUGACCACUUGAAAGAAAAAAAUGUUUUUGUGAGCCAAAUUCUGACCAUUUUGUAAGUGCUUUUGGUGAUCAGUUGUUGAAAGUUGAAAGAUAUUGUUUGCAAUUACAAGAAGCUGCAUUUUUUAAACAGUAACUGCACACCCAUGCACCAUAGCCUUCUCCAUGUUGAAGUGUCUAGGGGAAGUGAGGUAGGGUUUGUUUUCUGGUUUGUGUGUGCAGUCUUAUUCUCCAAAGCAUCCUGUUUAAUUUUAAAUCUGUUUUAUUUGAUUUGUUUUCCUCUUACUGUACCCACUCAAUGAGGACUUAAGUGAUGAGCAUAUAAUAGGAAAGAGGAUGGAGCGGCAAUUAUUUGGAUUAGUUUUCUUGAUAAUCUUUUUCAUUUCUGAAAGCUUUAUUAUUUUGUGAGAAGUUUGGAGUGAAAAUGUUUGCAGCUGAUGCUUUAGAAGAUUAAAGCAUGAGCUUUCUGUGA